AUGGCGAUCCAUGCCGACUACCCAGGCCUGACGGUUGAAAUGUACAUCGACGGCAAACCACUUGAGGAAUACGAGAACGAGGAAGAGGAAGAUGUGCCUAAGACAACCACGCGAUACGUUGAGUGCCGGCUCGCUGCAAGUCAGACGAUAAAACCCCCUUCACGAAUUGAGUUUGCGAAGGAAAAAGAGCCUUUCGUUACAUUCCGGUUCAAGUAUCGCUCGAUCGCCGUACUCGAAUCUCUCGGCAUCAUUCCUCACCCACCGAUUCCCUCGUUGAACCCGCAGCUGGAAAGAAUGCUGAACGAGGAAUCAACUGCUACUACUCCACGACCAAAGACCGUCAGCAGCACACCCACUCCGUCCCAACAGGAUUCCGGCCAAUCCAUUCUUACCGAACACGACGGACUCAGAGAUUCGGAAAUUAUUGCUCUCAUCAAGCACUACCGAGGCGACAACAAGGGACUAGCGGGUCAAAGCCGGAAGCGUCUACUGCUACUGCUCAAGCAUUACGAGGAAGAAGACGUUGAAAGCGUACAGAUCAAGCAAGAGCCCAUCUCGAAUGAACUGCAAGCGCGGAUCAAGCGCGAGCACGCUGAUGAUGGCGCUGCGCACGGACAGGGAAAGAAGCGCAAGCCUGAAGUCGUAGUCCUGGAUGAUUGA